AUGGAAGACGUUCAAGAGGACCCUGAUUGGCGGACCGAAGAGUUCGAGUCUUGCCUACGUAUGCGUCCCUACGAGGAGAUACGCGAAAUGCGAGCCAGAGAGGCUCAGUUGAUCUUGAAUGCGAGGGCUGCUAACCCCGUUAACCACGAGGCCCUGACCCUCGAGCCACCAACCCUCGAGCCGUCGAUUGGAUGGAGUAUAAUGCGUGUCGUCGCUCAUCGGGGGCCCCUCACCCUGGCCCUGGACUUACUUUACGGACCACCUGACUUCCCAUCCAUCACCCGAGCUGCUUGGAAGGCCAGGGAGGCACCAGCGCAAGCCGAACAAGAGAACGCCGCACAGCAAGCUCAAGCCGCGGAGCGAGCUGCAGAGCAAGCCGCACGUACUGUGCCAGUCACCCCGACUAAGCGAGUCAGGUUUGCGAUAGACAUUGAGUACCCAAUUCCUCCCAGGUCCCCCCUCAGACCACAGCCUUAUCGUCCCGAACUUACUCUUGCGUCUGGUGUCACCCUUUCCCUACCCGGACCCCCUGGUGCUCCCCGUCUUGCUUUUGCGCAGCUGCACCGGGAACCGGGCUUGGUCUUGGAUGCCGUUUUACCCCCAUUAGAGAAUGAAGAGUCCCUGCUAGAGGAUGAAGAGGAGGCAUUUAUCGGCUUAGCCACUUCCAUUGCUUAUUCUCCCCUUCCUGGCCCCGCUCGACAGGUGAUCAUAACCACACCAGUCUCAUCUCCUGCCAAACCCAAGACUCCCACGGAUGCAAUAGCUCAGUCGACUCCACCAAUUUCUUCUCCUAAAGAUCGCAACAUUGGUGGUCGUGUCCGCGAUCGUGUCCGCGAUCUCGAAAAAGCAUCGAGUUCCUCACCCGCCCCCAAGACGCCCGAAGAUUAUCACGCCUCACCAGUCUUUGUGAGUAGAACUUCUGUCCUUGGAAGCCCGUUCGCUCCCAAGUCCGUCAGAUCAUCUGCAUCUUCACGGACCAAGAAGACGUUUGAAGGCUCCGGCAGCCAAACCAUCCCAGAGAGUGGAUCUUCCCCUGUCCUUACAACCCCAGUUACUCGCAAGCCAACCAAAGCCUCCGGCGUCAGGUCUCCAUCGGCCUUAAAGAGUCCCUUCACUCGCAACGCGUCUGGUGUCCGUAUUAACUCUGCCGCCAACACCCCAUCUCUUACGUCGACCCCAAAGACACCCGAAGCUACAGCAGCAGAUGGAUCCCCCACGCCCGCCGCGCGUUCUUAUCCUGCUGGCCCUCGCACUCGUACCGGUGUUGCUUUGGGAGAUUCAUCUCGGACAGCCCGGGCCUCUCCCUCGGGGUCUCCAGAUGGAUCCCCCAUUGACACUGCCGGACCUUCUAUUACUUGCCCUCGUACUCGUCCGCGCGUUCCUAUUAUGAUAUCACAUUCUGCGUCGAGUCUGGAAACACGGGAGGCGAUGCGGGGCCGGGGCCUAGGCCACCGCUGA